AUGGCAAGCAAAUAUCCAUUAGAACGCCUCGAAGACGUGUUUCAGGAAGAAGUCGUUCUAGCUUUUCCCAAAAUCGUCAACUUUAAAAAAUUCGCUCGUUCCAGCGCUGGGCUGCGUUUGGAUCAACACGAGAUCGAUGACAUUGUGGAAGACUUUGGUAAAUCGGUUGAAGAGCAAAAAUUGCAAAUGUUGAUGAAGUGGCAGCAAAAUUCCGGUUCUGCGGCUACAGUGUCAAAGAUACGAGCUAUUGUUAAUGGAUACAAAACUGGCAAUUCGAACGAAGAUUAUAUAAAUGUCGGCGGCGUGUUCAGAGCAUUCCGCGAUCAGCCAUUGUGUGGAAGAAGACAUGUUUAUCGUGGAGAGCAGCUGAGCAAGGUAACUGGUCCCAGACCUGUGGCGAUCAAAUUCCUCGACUUCAACAAACGUAACCUGCAGGAGGCCAAGGUUCUUCUAAAGCUGGCUCUUCAUCCAAAUGUUGUUUCCAUUAUCCAUUCCGACGAAUAUCAUGGGGACCCGUUCACCCAAAGAAUGUUCAUUGUUAUGGAACUUUGUCACGAUGAAAAUCUUACUGAUUUUCUGAAAAAUAGAGAAAAAUUGCGCGUCCCAUUUGAAGACGACCUGGCCAUAUCGUUUGCGCAGCAGCUGCUCCACGGUUUGCAGUUUAUUCACCGAAACGACGUCAUACAUCGCGAUUUAAAGCCUGACAACAUCCUGCUGUCGCUUGAUGAAAAGACUCCCAAAAUAUCCGAUUUCGGUCUGUCGAAAGAGCUUCGCAAAGGCCGUUCAUACACUGCCCAAAGUAUCAUGCGAGCUGGUACUGAUGGCUUCAGAGCUCCGGAAACCUAUAACGACGAUGUGAUUUCUGAAAAAUCCGAUACGUAUUCGAUGGGUCUCGUGAUAUACGCGGUAUGGAGUAAUGGAAAACAUCCAUUUGGUGAAGAUCCCGAUGGAUGGAACAUGUACAUCAAAAAAAACAAAAACCGUGAUCUCAGCCAUCUGCUUCUCAGCGACAAAACCAAAGCAAUUAAUUUGCUUGACAAGAUGCUGCAGUUUGAGCCGAAAAAUCGCCCAACGGCUGACAAACUUCUAGUCGAUGAAUUAUUUCGAAGAUCGGUGAAAGGUAAAUCGGAAAAUUCUUCAGAACUAAGUUUGAAAAAUAUGAAUCUUGAGAGUGAAGAAUUAGAAAGCGAAGUUCAUUGGGCAACAGGGCAGAUUCGAGGCAUGAAGCCAUCGGCACUCAAACAAAAACCAAUACAAGGAGCGACAAAAGUCUUCAACGCUAACGAUGAGAAUGUAAUUAUCUUGUCUUUCUAUGAUAAAUUCUGCUUUUACAAACCAGCAACAAAGGAAUGGCACGAAUGGAAGAAAAUAUCCGUACUCUCUAAUUGCUACUAUUCUAUUGUUGCAAUGAACAAUAAUCUCUAUGUACUGAUGGCAAAUGUUGAAGUUCAUCGUACGAAAUAUCCCGAUUCUGAACCGAUAUGGGAAAGAUUGUCGGACAUGAUGAGCAAACACGGAUAUUUUCCACCCGCAGUUGUAAUGAAUGGAUAUAUCUACGUGUGUGGUGGUCUGGGAUUGAAGAGCCGCCCAGUCGAAAGAUACAAUCCAGAGAAUAAUGAAUGGCGAAAGUUGGAAAGCAUGAAAAUAGGAAGAAAUACCCCCGUAGUUAUUACAGCUAAAGGACGUUUGUAUUGUUUCGGUGGAAUUGAUGAAUCCCUUAACAAGCUCGAAAGUGGCGAAGUAUUCGAUCCUGAAAGUUCAAAAUGGGAGUUCACUGCGCCGAUGCCUGUGGGCAUGGAAUAUGCAUCUGCCGCACAGUCAAACGAUCUCAUAUACAUCGCAGGUGGCCAAGUACUUCUUUGCUAUGAUAUAAACAACAAUUCAUGGCCGAAAAUAUCUUUGCAAAUUCAGUUGUCGGAUUCUCGUUGGAGAUUCAUACGUAUUGUUGCUCUCAACAACGAAAUCUAUUUUAUUAUAGAUGCAGAAGGCAAUUUUUCUUUGUACAAAUUUGAUCCGGAGACAAAUCAAGCUGAACACGUUGAUACAGAUGAAAGAUUCAAGUGUGAAUCUAUUGCUGUCGGCCAUAUGUGAUAUCACGUCAGUGACGAAUCAGAGUUGCCUUACGCAAAACAAUGUUAAUAUGUUAAAUGUGACAAUCAAUGUACAUAAUGUUUUAUAAUUACAAGUCAGAAAAUAGACGCAGAAUGUGCUGCCGUAAUAUCGUUUGAUAAUCCCACUUGUAUUUAUUGAAGAAAUACCGAAACGCAUACAAGAAAUUCGUACAAAAAUGUAAUUUGGUCCGAUUUGUUUUUUUGCAAAAAGUUUUUAAAUACCAUAUACAUUCCAGGGAGAAACUUCUAUCAAGCAUAAAACAUAAGAAAAAUGUUUAAUAUUUUUAAAUAGCAUAAAGACUAAGUGCUACUUGCUAUCGUCA